AUGAUAGCCUUCUAUUUUUUUAAAGCUAAUGUCGAAGAGGCUAGUGAGAUAAAGAGAUUUCUAUCAGUCUAUGAGGAUUUAUCUGGGCAAGUGGUUACUUACCACAAGUCAAGCAUAUGUUAUAGCAGAAACCCGAGUAACGCAAGUAAGGAAGUAGUGGCGCAAGUUCUGGGAGCAGGGCAGGCUCCUAAUUUUGGCAAGUAUUUGGGACUUCCCUCAUUUGUAGGGAGAAACAAAAAGGCAGCUUUCUCAUAUAUUGAGGAUAAAAUCCGGCAAAGAAUUGGGUCAUGGAACAAGAGAUUAUUAUCGCAGGCAGCGAUAGAGAGGACUAUGAAUCGUUACUGGUGGGACUCUGGAACUGAUAGGCGGAUACAUUGGAAGGCUUGGGACAAACUGUGUGUCCCUAAGAAAUAUGGGGAUUGGGAUUUAAGGACUUGCGUGCUUUUAACCUAG